AUGAUUUUAGAAAAACUUGAAGAGAGAUUUAGUAAUUAUAAACUAGAUGAAAGUCAUGUUAUUAAUAGGGGUGCAGAAGCAGUUAUUUAUGAUUUGGGUGAUUGUGUUUUAAAGAAAAGAGUUUCUAAAGAUUAUAGAGUUAAAGAAUUAGAUGAUCAAAUUAAUAGAACUAGAACUAAUAGAGAAGCUAAAAUUAUCCAGAAGCUUAAUAGUUUGAAUGUAAACUCACCAAUGUUUAAAGGAGCAACUAGAAAUUAUGAAAUUUUUAUGACAAAGGUGGUGGGUAAAACAGUUAAAGAAAAACUAAUUGAAUCACUAUCUGAGCAAGAUGGUUUAUUAAGCAAUAUAAAGAUAAUUAAAGAUGUUGCUAAAAUAGUAAAGACAAUGCAUAUUAAUGAUAUUGUUCAUGGUGAUUUAACCACUCUUAAUUUUAUUAUUAAAGAUAACAAUGAUGUGUAUGUUUUAGAUUUUGGUUUAAGUUUUAACAGUACAAAAAGUGAAGAUAAAGCAACUGAUCUUUAUUUAUUUGAAAAAGGAUUAGUUUGUGUUCAUUCAGAAGAUUUACUAAAACUAUUUUAUGAAGAAUAUUUUAAAGAGAAUCCCUUUGAGUUAUCAAUAAUUUCUAAACUUGAAGAAAUCAGAAAAAGAGGAAGAAAGAGAGAAUAA